CGCUUUAUCAUUUUCGCAACACAAGUACUACUACUUACAGCGCUCUGAUAAAGGAAAAGAAGCGCGUACGCGAAGACCGAGUUUAAAUCCGUGAAGAUUCUUCUCAUACACUCGCUGCGACAAGUGUGCGUGAGGGCGUGCGUAUGUGUGCGUACGGCGACGCGCCGUUGAAAUUUUCGAAAAGACUACAAAUACUGAUAAACUCGGCGUAGUGCGAAUCAGACUGCGUCAAACGGUCACAUCGGCAGUGCAUCUUUGCGUCAGUGGUUCAAUAAUUCAGUGAAGCGUCAGAUUUUUCGUUGUUUUCUUUAUUUUCACUUUUAUUUGUUGUUGCCUAUUAUUGCCUUUUGUUAAACUAUUGCGGUAAAUAGAAAAAUUGCAGAUCCUCAUUAGUUGGCAUGAGUGCAAUUUAAAUAUUUACUUUGUUCGGUCGAUUUGUUUUUUUUUUUUUUUUUGUUGCUCCUAUUUUGUAACAAAUUAGUUUUAUUGUGUUAUUGUAGAAAAAGUGUUUUAUUUUGUGCGAAAAAUUAUUGUGCUAGGCGCGUAGUUGAGUGAUAAGCGACGGAUUUACACGCAAUACCAGAAUGGAACCAGUGAAGACUAUUCGCAUUUUUAUCGCCGCAAUUGCUGCAAAUAUCUCAGCCUUUGCCGUGGGCACUUGUCUCGGUUGGACGUCCCCCAUGGUACCGAAACUGCAGGCAGAAGUUCCGACUGACUCACCACUUGAUCGUCCCAUCACCAUCGAAGAGAACGCGUGGAUCUCAUCACUUGUGGCUUUGGGCGCUUUAGUAGCGCCCUUCGUUGCUGGUCCGCUCGCCGAUAGAAUUGGUCGUAAAUGGGUUUUGCUCUCAAGUUCGGUAUUCUUCAUAGUAGCCUAUAUUCUUAUGAUGUUCGCUAGUGAAGUUUGGAUUUUGUAUCUGGGACGUCUCAUACAGGGUUUCGGUGUGGGCUUUGUCAUGACAGUGCAGCCAAUGUACGUUGGUGAGAUUGCAACUGAUGCGGUACGUGGCGCAACUGGCUCUCUAAUGCAGCUGUUUAUUGUCUCUGGUAUUCUAUAUGUUUACGCUAUUGGUCCAUAUGUCUCGUACGUAGCACUGCAAUGGUGCUGUCUCGUUGUACCGGUUGUCUUCGAUGUUGUCUUCUUCUUCAUGCCAGAGAGUCCUUACUAUUACGCUGGUAAAGGACAGAAAUCCGAUGCGUUGAACUCACUCCAAUUCUUACGCGGUCAAAGCCUUGAUGUUGUACAAGAUGAAAUGACCACUAUUCAGGGAGAAGUUGAGGAGGCUAUGGCCAAUAAGGGUACCCUUAUUGAUCUUGUUAGGAAUGUGGGCAAUCGCAAGGCGCUCAUAAUCUCUGCCGGUCUUAUUAUUUUCCAACAACUCUCCGGUAUCAAUGUUGUGCUCUUCAAUAGCCAGUCGAUCUUCGUCAGCGCCGACACCGGUUUGGAUCCUGCCAUUGCUGCCAUCAUUAUUGGUGCAGUCCAAGUUGCCUCCUCGGGUUUGACACCCAUCAUUGCUGAUCGUUUGGGCCGUAAAAUCAUUUUAUUGAUUUCGGCAUUUGGUAUGGCCGUCGGCUUGGCCGCAUUGGGUGGAUUCUUCUAUGUACAACAAGUUGUGGGUGAUGCCAGCAGUAUCACUUGGUUGCCUGUGCCAGCUCUAGUGCUCUUCAACAUUGUCUACUGCGUUGGCUUCGGUCCACUACCAUGGGCUGUGUUGGGCGAGAUGUUCCCAGCCAACGUUAAGUCAAUCGCAUCUUCUAUUGUCGCCUCCACUUGCUGGAUCCUUGGUUUUGUGGUGACACGCUGGUACCCCGCGCUCGAUGCGUUGGGUUCAUACUACGCUUUCUGGUUGUUUGGCAUCUUCUGUGUUGUGGCCUUCUUCUUCACACUCUUCGUUUUGAUGGAAACCAAAGGACUGAGUCUGCAACAAAUUCAAGACAGAUUGAAUGGAAGACGAUCGAACUAAUUUGGAAAAUAAGGGGUGUAUGGUGGCGGAGGUAUUCACAUCCGCAUACUGUAAGAUAUUUUAUAUGUGAAUCUAUAUGGGCAUAAUUCUAUAUGCUCUUUGUUCCUUAUUAUAAUGGUGAUAGCCUCUAAUGAGGUGCCGAUCAGUGCGGUGUUAAGGGUUACUGAAUGAAUUCGCUUCAAAAAGUAUUUUUGUCGCACACCUAUAUGUAAUCUUAAAAGUAUUUAUAGUCUGUAAGCAAUUCUAGCUGAAUUUAUUAAAUAAUUUUAAAUUUAUGUAUAUAUUUAUGAAAUAAUGCAAUAAAAUCGAUAUUAUGUUAUAAAUACCAAAUGUA